UUGAUCUCUUCACCUCUGCUGAUGAUGACAGGUCCCUCGUGACGUCACCAGCUCCUUCCAUGUAGCAACAACAUGGCUGCUGCCAUGGAGCUGAGCUGCUGGGGAGCAGACUGGGGUUUACCUUCAGUCCACACUGAGUCUCUCAUCGUCCUGGCAUACGCCAAGUUUUCUGGGGCAAAAGUCACAGUUUCUCCUAUAGACUGGACAUGGAAAACUCUAACAGCGACAGUCCCAGAGUUGCUGUGUGGAGACUCUGCAGUUCAAGAACCGGCACACAUUCUCAACUUCCUGAGGAAACAGAGGUUUAAUGCCGACUUUGAGCUGACAGCCAGACAAGGAGCAGACACCAUGGCAUACAUUGCCCUGCUUGAAGAGAAACUACGACCAGCUCUGUUGCACACUUUCUGGGUGGAUGCAGAAAACUACGCCAAUCUGACACGGCCAUGGUUUGCUUCACGCUCGCCAUUCCCUCUUAACUUUCUAGUCCCUAGUCGCCAAGCCAACAUUGCCCUCUCCCGCAUUCUUCUAACCAAAGGAGAGGCGCCGCUACACAGAAUCACUGAGGUGGAGGGAAAGAUCUACAGUGAUGCUAAAGAGUGCCUGAAUCUCCUCUCCUACAGACUGGGAACCGCAAACUACUUUUUUGGCGACUCGCCGACCAGUCUGGACGCCUUUGUGUUUGGUUUUGUGGCUCCAAUUUACAAAGCCAGUCUCCCCAGUAGCCCUCUGCAGAGCCACCUCAGACAGCUGGAUAACCUCACAAGCUUCUGUGACAGCAUCCUCGCAAUCUACUUCAGCACGGACCACCCUUGUCCUCCCCCACCUGUUCAGGAAACAAUGGAUGCCAACCUCCAGAAACUAACCCAGCUUGUAAACAAAGAGUCCAACUUGAUAGAGAAGGUGCUUCUGCUUUCCUUUUAUCGUCUCUUUGCAUGGGUGCAUGGUUGCGUUUGGCAGAUGGAUGACAACCUUCGCAGCAGCCCUCAGCACAAACCCCACAGACCAGACCCCAAAUCCAGUCUGGCCAGUGAGAAGAGCUCUACUCCUGCCUGACCCCUGACCUGUCAAACCUGAUCCACCCUAAUCCAUUCCUGAUGGAUCGAUGGAGGAGGAACAGCAUCUAGAUGAAAGGUGCCGUUCUGAAUCUGAAGCCGAACUAUAGUUUGAAUGGAAAAUAACCUAAAAAAUGAAUGGACGUAUGACUACAUAAUUAUUAAAAGGGACUAUUUUAAACAUAAUGAUGAUAGAUUUGAAAGAUGUUGGUCUGAAGGAGAAGGAAAAGUGCAUGUGUGAGGGUUUUUAAAAAGGUUGAGCGCAUGUAUGUGGUUAUGGAUGGAAUGCUAUGAAGUAGUGUUUGAUGAGAAAGACACAGAAAGUAAGUUCAAAGGAAAGCCGAAGGAAAUGAAAAGUCCAGCAGGGAAAAGAAGUGUCACGGUUUGACCUUUGAGUUGACCACAUAACCUCUUCUUUCUUUUGUUUUCUGUAAGAAAUAUCUAAUUUCUGUUCAAUUUCUUUUCCGUUUUUCAUCACACUACAUUUGAUGCACCAUAGGACACAUGUAGAAAUGUUCUCACCUCUGUCAUGAGGAUAUUGAACUUAGUUAAAGAUGCACUGAUCACUAAAAUAGUAGUGUUGUGCUAGAGCACUAUAUGGAAAGAUUUGUUUAGUUAUCUUAGGUUACUCCGGUUUAUAAAUCAGUGCUUUAUCACGGGUGACCUCAGAGCCUCUAGCACCGCUCUGAGCUCACGUCCUUCCUCAUAUCCACUGUACAAAUGUUCUGUAAAUUCUAAAGACAUUUAAAUUAGUGUAAUGUACAGUAUAUAAGCAGUCAUGACCAGGAAUAACCAAUCACUUUGCUUUGCUCUCUGCCUUGUAUAGCUUGUAUAGUUGUAAAUAUUUUCAUGAUUAAAAUCAAUGCAAUUUACUUGUGGUUUCCUCCAAUAGGGCUGAUCAGCUUCUUCACAAUCUUUGCUAGAUACACUGAGGUAAUUUAUACACACUGUAUUAACGUAUUCAUCCACAACAUGUGGGACUAAUGUGUGUUUGUGUGAGUUUUCCCAAGGACUAUCAGAAACCAGUGUGUCUUUCAAUUAUAAUUUCUUAUAUGUUAUGCCAGAUAUACUGUGUCAUUAACAAUCCACUCGCUCUUGUUGCCAUGGUUUUCCCACAGCCAACAUUUAUUUUGUUUAGAUUUUUCUGCCGUGUUGUCAUUUGCUGUGCCUGUUUAACAACCUUGUUAAAACUGAAGUGUCUGUCCCAUUUGGGAAUGUCUCAUUAGCUGCCUUUUUUUGGCUUUAUUUUCACCGUCUGAAUUUCUGACAUUGGACAUUGAAAUGAGUUGCCACUGUGUUUUUUCUUACUGUCAUGUUCCCUAAUAUCCUCACAGCUUAUACAUUGCUGAACUGUGUCUACUACUCCAUGUGAUUACUUUCAUGAUUUCUCUGUGUCUCAGUCUGAAAUGAUUAAUACUUUGUAAAGUUACUUGGGCUCUUGCAACUUCCAAAAAAUCCCUUCAUGGUUACAUUCCCUUUAAAGCACCAUAUCCUGAAACAAAAGCAUUCAUUGGUGUGUGUGUGUGUUGUUGGACAACAAAACAGGCUUGUGAGGACCAUAUGGGUUCAGUGUGCCUUCAUGACUGCUGGUGUCUUUGUACAAUUGUCCAAACAGUUCAUAAUUUUGAUACAUUGCCAUGAAUUAUCUUUGUCAUUUCUGUUACUGUCACUCAUUCUCUCUGGAUGGUUGGUAACAACUGUCAUCAUAUUAUUGUAAUACAAAUAUGAUAAUUUAACCCUGACCGCUGUCUUUUUUGUUAAGCAAAAUAAAAAUCUUAAUAUCAUUUCA